UCAACUAGUCAUUAAGAAUCAACUUUAAGAAACUGCUAAGCCUGUGCUUUCAGCCCAGAGCCUCACCCUCAUCACCACCCCUCCUCUCCUGCCUCCCGGAAUCAGGCUUUCAGAAAGUACUCCCAUGCCACUCCCAAAAGGCUGUACCUGAUUUGUUCCCCUAGUGUCAUAGAGGAUCAUUAACCUCUCCACACUCCUUCACACUUAUUAAAUUAUGAAACAUUUGCUGCACCUGAGUGCACCUUGGUCUCCGUGAUGAUUGGAGGGGGCAAGAGAAGUCUGGAAGCCCCACCCCUCCCAGAGCCAGCCCAGGAUCCUUGUCUUUCUCUCCAUUUUGGCAGGCGGUGAAACGUCAAUCUCUUUCAACCGGAGCGGGUUCCCUUCGUUUUUACCUUGAGACGAGGCCAAAACGGGCAGACCCUGGGUUGCCAUGAGCUUUACCAUCACCAGCUGUGAGCACCCCGACCCUCUGCAGAGAGGUGACGAUGUGCUCAACUGUGACAACGAAGGCCAAGGCAGGAAGAAGGAUGGGCAGUCCAGGAGCCCUAGCAGCAGCCAGCUGAUCUAUAGCAUCCUGGAUAUCCCACCAUGGUAUCUCUGCAUCCUCAUGGGGAUCCAGCACUUCCUCACGGCCCUGGGGGGCCUCGUAGCCAUACCGCUCAUCUUGGCCAAGGACCUGUGUCUGCAGCAUGACCCACUGACUCAGAGCUACCUCAUCAGCACGAUUUUCUUCGUCUCUGGCAUCUGCACUCUCCUGCAAGUGUUUUUUGGAGUCAGGCUGCCCAUUCUCCAGGGAGGGACAUUUGCUUUUGUGGCACCCUCCCUGUCCAUGCUGUCCCUUCCUGCUUGGAAGUGCCCUGAAUGGACAUUCAAUGCCAGUCUGGUGAACACCAGCUCUCCCGAGUUCACUGAAGAAUGGCAGAAGAGGAUCCGAGAGCUGCAGGGCGCCAUCAUGGUCGCUUCCUGUGUCCAGAUGCUGGUGGGAUUCUCUGGCCUCAUUGGGUUUCUCAUGCGCUUCAUCGGCCCCCUGACCAUCACUCCGACCAUCACCUUGGUGGCCCUGCCUCUCUUUGAUUCUGCGGGUGACAGUGCUGGGGUCCACUGGGGGGUCGCUGCCACGACCAUCUUCCUCAUCGUGCUGUUUUCUCAGUACCUAAAAAACGUCGGCAUACCUGUGCCCGUUUAUGGAGGGAAGAAGUGUCAUACAUCUAAAUUCCACCUGUUUCAGGUCUUCCCGGUGCUGCUGGCGCUCUGCCUCUCGUGGCUUCUCUGCUUCGUGCUCACAAUCACCAACGCCCUUCCCACUGCCCCCACGGCCUAUGGGCAUCUGAGCCGCACGGACACCAAAGGCAAUGUCCUGAGCCAGGCUCCCUGGUUUCGCUUCCCUUACCCAGGACAGUGGGGUGUCCCCACCAUCAGCCUGGCUGGGGUCUUUGGGAUCAUCGCAGGGGUGAUUUCCUCCAUGGUGGAGUCAGUAGGCGACUACUACGCCUGUGCCCGGCUGGUGGGGGCCCCCCCGCCUCCAAGGCAUGCUGUCAACCGUGGCAUUGGCAUCGAGGGCCUUGGCUGUCUGCUGGCAGGGGCCUGGGGGACCGGGAAUGGCACCACCUCCUACAGCGAGAACAUCGGGGCACUGGGCAUCACCAGGGUGGGGAGCAGGAUGGUGAUGGUCGCUGCUGGCUGCUUGCUGCUCCUGAUGGGCGUAUUUGGGAAGAUCGGGGCUGCCUUUGCCACCAUCCCCACCCCUGUGAUCGGAGGCAUGUUCCUGGUGAUGUUUGGGGUCAUCACUGCUGUGGGGAUUUCCAACCUGCAGUACGUGGACAUGAACUCAUCCAGGAACCUCUUUAUCUUUGGCUUCUCCAUCUACUGUGGGCUUGCCAUUCCCAACUGGGUGAACAAGAACCCCGAGAGGCUCCAUACAGGGAUUCUCCAACUGGACCAGGUCAUCCAGGUGCUGCUGACCACAGGCAUGUUUGUUGGUGGAUUUCUGGGCUUUUUCCUGGACAACACCAUCCCUGGUAGGGCUCACCUGCUCUCUGUAAGCUUGCAGUUUGGGUAGAUGGUCAGCAUUUGGACCACCCACAUUGCUCCUCUAACCCUUAGUACCAUGUCGGGCUGACCACAGCAUAUCCUGAGCAGGCCCUGGGUCUGGGUGGGAUGUACAGGCCCGGGUUAGCUUUCUAGGGCUGCAAUAACAAAAUAUUACCAAUGGGUUUAAACAAUUAAAGGGUAUUUUCUCAUAGUCUGGAGGCUAGAAGACUGGGAUCAGGGUGUUGGCAGGGUUGGUUUCUCCAGAAGCCUCUCUCCUUGGCUUGCAGAUGGCCGUCUUCUUGCUAUGAUCUCACGUGCCCUUUCUUCUGUGUGGGCACAUCCCUGGGGUCUCUCUGUGUGUCCUAAUCCUUUCAUAGAAGGACAG